AUGGAGGAUCCCUGCGAGCCUCCAGCGACGCAAGCGCCGGUGGCUUCGCCACCGAAGCCACCACAACCGCUGCCGCAACCGCCGCAACCGCCGCAACCGCCGCAGCCACCGCAGCCGCCGCAACCGCCACCGCGGCUGGAAGAGCUGUGGAAGCAGGCCGAAGCCAUGGCAGCCACAGCGGCAGAGCAGGAGGCGGUGCGCUGCGCCCGGGUGCUGCGGGAGCGGGACACGGACGACGGCGAGGCGUCGCGGCAGCUGGUGGAGUUGGAGCGCGCGGCGGCCAACAUCGCGCGUGGGGAGUUUCGCGAGCCCCAAGGCUUGCCACCUCAGCCGAGCCACCCGGACGACCCCAGAGAAUUGGGAGGUGCUUCCUGGGUCACGCUGCCGCCGCCGCCGCCACCGGUGACGCAGGUGACGCCGGCAGGCUCCACGAGCUCCAUGGCCAUGGGCCUGGCCGGGCCCUUUGCGUCUUCGAUGGGAAGCCUGAAGCAUACCCCGAUAGGCAGCAUUGCGAUGAAGAUCUACGAGCGCCUGAAGAAGGGAGAGGAGCUGCGGCCUUUCUCUGACGCCAACGUGCCAAUCGCAGAGCCGGCGCUUCGACCUCGACCUUCAGAGGCUCCGCGGCCGACGCCCAAAGCCAGGAAGGAGCUGCCGGUGGAGCGCAGGCAGGGGGGGAGGCCCAGUGCUGCCACCUCGGCGAACAGGUCUGAACCGCCGGCCAGGAGGGAGGAGUCGAAGAUCGAGGAGGCUGCCGGGGCCUUUCUGAGCUCCCUCAGUGCAAUUCCCGCCCUGUCCCUUGUGCCCAAGGCUCAGAAGUCAGACUGGAGCUACCCCAUAGUGGAUCAGUCCCGUCGCAGCUUCGUUGGGCACCUGCCCCAAGCGCUGCCGCGGGACCAGAGCAUGCGCUUCUUUGAGCUCAUCCGAAGGGAGACCAGGUGGCAUCAGCCCAUCGGCACGACGGGGCAGAUCCCGCGCAAGACAGCCUGGAUGGUGGGCCCUGGCUGCAGCUGUACCUACAGGUAUGGCGGCAUCGAGGUGGAGCCGGUGCCUUUCCCGGAGUGGAUGGGUGAACUGCUGCAGGUGGUGAUGCCUGCCUGCGGGAAGCUGGAGAUGCCCUGGGUUGCAACCUGA